GUCUCAAGUGGGUGGGCGCAGGGCAGGUGCGCGCGCGCCGGGUUAUAGGGAGCGACGCCCCAGUCUGGUCCUAGGCUCAGUUCCUAGACCCACGUCUGCCACCCCAGUCCCAGGUGCGAAACAGAGGCGCUACCUCUUUAAAAGCGUCCGGGGCUGAGUCUCUGCCGCACCAUGUGAUUGCUUGAAAGGCCGGGCUGGGAGCGCUGCGGCGGGAGCCGGAGGACUAUGAGCUGCCGCGCGGUGUCCAGAACCCAGCCCAGCCCUACCGCGCGCGGCCCCGAGCUCUGCCGCCCGGAACUUUGGGCACUGCCUCUGGGACCCCUGCCGGCCAGCAGGCAGGAUGGUGCUUGCCUCGUGCCCUUUGGUGCCCGUCUGCUGAUGUUCCCAGCCUGCUUCCGCCAUGCCGCCCUCCAUCUCAGCCUUCCAGGCCGCCUACAUCGGCAUCGAGGUGCUCAUCGCCCUGGUCUCUGUGCCCGGGAACGUGCUUGUGAUCUGGGCGGUGAAGGUGAACCAGGCGCUGCGGGAUGCCACUUUCUGCUUCAUCGUGUCGCUGGCGGUGGCUGAUGUGGCCGUGGGUGCCCUGGUCAUCCCCCUCGCCAUCCUCAUCAACAUUGGGCCACAGACCUACUUCCACACCUGCCUCAUGGUUGCCUGUCCAGUCCUCAUCCUCACCCAGAGCUCCAUCCUGGCUUUGCUGGCAAUUGCCGUGGACCGCUACCUCCGGGUCAAGAUCCCUCUCCGGUACAAGAUGGUGGUGACCCCCCGGAGGGCAGCGGUGGCCAUCGCCGGCUGCUGGAUCCUCUCUUUCGUGGUGGGGCUGACCCCUAUGUUUGGCUGGAACAAUCUGAGUGCAGUGGAGCGGGCCUGGGCGGCCAACGGCAGUGUGGGGGAGCCCGUGAUCAAGUGUGAGUUCGAGAAGGUCAUCAGCAUGGAGUACAUGGUCUACUUCAACUUCUUCGUGUGGGUGCUGCCCCCAUUGCUCCUCAUGGUCCUCAUCUACCUGGAGGUCUUCUACCUGAUCCGAAAGCAGCUCAACAAGAAGGUGUCGGCCUCCUCCGGCGACCCGCAGAAGUACUAUGGGAAGGAGCUGAAGAUCGCCAAGUCGCUGGCCCUCAUCCUCUUCCUCUUUGCCCUCAGCUGGCUGCCUUUGCACAUCCUCAACUGCAUCACCCUCUUCUGCCCGUCCUGCCACAAGCCCAGCAUCCUCACCUACAUUGCCAUCUUCCUCACGCACGGCAACUCGGCCAUGAACCCCAUCGUCUAUGCCUUCCGAAUCCAGAAGUUCCGGGUCACCUUCCUUAAGAUUUGGAAUGACCAUUUCCGCUGCCAGCCUGCACCCCCAAUUGAUGAGGAUCUCCCAGAAGAAAGGCCUGAUGACUAGGCCCCGCCUUCUGCUCUCACCAGCCCACAUCCAGCGGGGUCUCAGUCCAGUCCUCCCCUGCCCGCUGUCCCAGGGGUCUCCCUGAGCCUGCCCCAGCUGGGCUGUGGGUCGGGGGCAUGGGGGAGGCUCUGAAGAGAUACCCAGAGAGCAUGAUCCGUCCACUAGGAGUUAACUACCCUACACCUCUGGGCCCUGCAGGAGGCUUGGGAGGGCAAGGAUCCUGUGAAGGGACCGGGUGUCUAGAGGUGAGAGUGUUCUGAGCGCCCACCUGCCUUACCAUCCCACGAGCAGUCCAGCGCUUCAGGCCUGGGCAGGUCUUGGGGAGGCCGAGACUGCAGAGGAGCCACCUGGGCUGGGAGAAAGUGCUUGGGCUUCUGCAGUGAGGCAGGGGGUCUGCUUGUCUUUGGUGUUAGUGAUGCAGCCCAGGCCCAGCUUAAGGAGAGGAGAGCAUCCCCUCUGAGACAGAUGGGAGGAGAGAGGUCGGGGAUGCACUGGCCUGGCUGUCUCUCCUGUUCUGUAGGAGAGGGUAGCCAGAAGCAGCUAAGGGACAGAAAUCAAGGAGCUUCCAUUCCCACGUCUGAGGGCUCUGGGCCCCAGGCCAUACCAGGUGCUAGGGUGCCUGCUCUCCUUGCCCUGGGUCUACCCAGGAUUGUGUGUGGGAGAGGCAGAAAGGGUAGGUUCAGAAAUCAUUUCUUUCUUUCUUUUUUUUGGUUUUUUUGAGAUGGAGUUUUGCUCUUGUUGCCCAGGCUGGAGUGCAAUGGC